CUAAAAACUAUUUUAAACAUGCAUGUAUAUCUUGAAUAAGUUUUAAUGUAUUUUAUUUCACCAUAACAUUGUAUUUUGCAUUUUUAAUAAUAAAAUGAAUAGUUUAGUAGCGGUUAAUAUUUGUAUUGUUUCAUUACAUCUAUGCAUUUUGGUCAGCCUGACUUCAGCAUCUGAACUUGGCAUUUCAUCAUGUAGGUAUUUAGGCGAAAUGGAAGAAGAUGGUAAAAAAUGUCACGAAGAUGUAGUGAAGAUAGAAAAACUUCCAAAACAUUGCUCAUCUUUUGUUUAUCUUGGAAUUGUAUAUAACUAUAAUAUCAAGCCAAGCGACCCGAAGUACGGAUUAGAACGUUUAAGAUCACUCAUAGACUACGAGAAUAGGGCACACCAUGUGUUCUUAUUUUAUUCACAUUCAUCUGUAGACGAGUUUUAUUCUCUACUUUAUGAAGGGAAAUUUGCAGAAAUUGCUCAACAGAUGCAAAAUUUUAUUCGCGAUUAUCCAGUUAAAGGGUUGAUUUUGCAUGGAAUUGAACCUGCUAUAAAAGAACUUGUUGGUGAUUUCCUUCAGAGGUUUGUUUCGUAUUUAAAGGCUCUCAAAGAUAUUAAUCCUGAUUUGGAAAUUGGGAUGUAUUUGAGUGCUAGAUCUUUAAUAGAAAAUGCAAAUGAUAUGGAUUUAUCAGAUAUGAAUACAAUUAUGGACUUCUAUUUAAUUGAAUUUCUUAAUUUUAAUGAUUGUUCUAAAGAUUUAUUACAUGGUGGAAUUACUCCUAUGGAUUCAUCAAAUUCAGACAUAGUGACACUAAAUCGAUUUGGUGCUGCUUUAGAAAAUUCAACCAUUGCAAAGGAUAAAAUAUAUUUUGAAUUCUUAAUAAGUCCUAAACCGAAACCUAAUGAAAUUGAAAAUUUCAAGCCUUGUGAAAUAUCAUAUAACGAGUACUGUGAAAACGAAGAUGACAAAAUAAACAAAUGGUGUGUCGAUGACUCGGAUAUACUGUAUAAAAAAGGUGCAUUUACCAAAAAAUAUGCAAACGGAUUUGUAGGUAGUUAUAUAGAUUUAGUCGAUCGAGAUGAUAAAUGUGGAUGUGGAAAGUACUCGACAUUUGAUAUGAUGGUAAACGGUUUCAACGGUAAAACGGAUCCAAAGAGUUGCCCGCAGAAUUACACGGCUUCUGAACACAUGCAUUAAUUGUUAUUGUCUUAGACUGUAAUUAGGUACAAUUAAUUAAUCAUAUUGUCUAUAUAUGUAUAUGAUUAAUAUUCUUAGUAAUGCGAUGUCUUAGAACCGUUUUUCGUAUACUAUGAUUUUAUAUCAUCGAAUUCAAAUGUAGCCUGCCCUAGGAUAUUUCAUAUUGUUAUUACUUACUAUUGACAAAAAUCGUCAUUUUUUGUGUUAAUACGUAAUUA